GAAUCCGGAAACAUAUCAUAUAUGCGACCACAGCUUCGACCGUUGUUAUCAACCAACACACCUUGCGUAGCUAAUAAACGGUCGUAUCUCCCAAUGGAUACCCAUGUCUGGAAACUGGCAAAAACCCUCGACGGCGGGUCGCUGUCUCGGCCACAUAUGUAGGUCUUUGCGGGAAUAAUUCUUCUGGGUGUUCGACAUCACGUUGUAAUACACCCAUGCCUCUGGUUCCCUCAUAUAACCGCGCGCCUCCAGUACCACUAUUCCGUCCGCUACCCCAGGAACGGGUAUCGGCUCGUCAGCGCGAGUGAAGCCGCCAAACCAUCUGCCAGCCUCUCUUUCUACUAUAUAUACCAAACACACCGGAGUCUGGCAGUACUGGGAGACUGGUUUCUGCAACAACUCAUCCAUUUAUCCGACAAACCGCAGACAACAUGGCCGAUGCCGCACGCAGGUUCGUGCAGGGUAUCUCCAAGGAGCAUGGCUACCUUGGCGAGGAGGUGUAUGCGAGAAUGGAUUCGGAAACUCGCCGCCAGGUCGAAGAGGCUCUCCUUAAGAAAGACGAAAUGAUAGGCGCAAGCGUCACUACAUUGGCCAAGAAUCUAUAUUCUAAGGAUGUGCGAUUCUUGUUUGAGCUAUUGCAAAAUGCAGACGACAACAACUUUUCCCAUGCGACGGCAGCCAAUCAUGCCCCAUACGUAUCCUUUCGUGUUUACAAGGAUCGUAUUGUCGUUGACUGCAACGAGGACGGGUUCACCAAAGCAAAUAUCCAAGCUAUAUGCAACGUCGGCCAGAGCUCCAAGACGGGGGCUCAAGGCUAUAUCGGAGAGAAGGGGAUCGGGUUCAAAUCGGUAUUUAAAGUCGCUUGGAAGGUCCAUAUACAGUCUGGCCAUUAUUCGUUCACAUUCACACACCGGAAAGGAGACUCUGGAAUGGGCAUGAUUUCCCCAGAGUGGUACGAGACAACGGAAAGACUAGCACAGCCGUUGACUAGGACGACCCUAUACCUGCACGAAAGCAACGGUACUGGCAACAAUGAUACACAACGGCAAAGUAUUCUACAUCAGCUCCAUACUCUUCAACCUGCGAUGCUACUCUUCUUAAAUAAGUUGAAGAGUAUUCAUGUGCAUAUCCACGACCAGGAUGGAGAAGGGACAUCAUCGUUUAUUCUGUCCAAGGACGCCCCUAUUAUCAACAAGGCUGACCUUAGCAAAGUCUACAUCGAUGGUGAUGGAAAGACGACGCAUACGAACCAAGCCUAUCGUGUCGUAAGGGGGAUUGCACGUAACCUCCCUCGGAACGAAAACAGGGAGUACACUACCCAGGAAGAGCGUUCGAAAGCAUACGGCGACGCGCCAGUUGUCCUCGCAUUCCCUCUCACGAAUACCGGCCAGCCGGUGAUUGAACCUCAAGAAGUCUUUGCAUUCUUGCCCGUUCGGCGAGUCGGGUUUAACUUUUUGAUCCACAGCGACUUUGUCACCCAAGCGAACCGAGAGGAUAUCGUAACUACUUCACCCCGGAAUUGUCAGCUGCUAGAUACUUUGGCAGAGACAUUUAUUAUCGGGAUGAGAGAGUUCUGUCAAGACGCGAUUCUGAAGUAUCACUGGAUGAGAUACCUUCCAAAGUUGUCAGACUAUCCCUGGGAUCCGUUCUGGAGGAAGCUUGUCGACAAGAUCAAGGAUCGUAUCACCGAUGAAGACAUCCUAUUACUGCGUGACGGCACAACCCUAAGAAAGAUAUCCCGGGCCGAGCGACUUUACUCCACAUACUGUGAUCAGCUCGGUUUGCCUUUAUUCGACGAUCUUUCGGGCAAUUUAGCCCGUUAUCUUUCGCAGUCCUAUGGUUGGAAGGACCUGGAUCUUUUGAGCGAUUAUGGUCUUGAUUAUAUGGCUCAAGACCAGUUCAUCGCAAGGGUACGAAACGAUUUAUCGAGUCCAACGUCCAGAAUGCGUUCCCCUUCGUCUAGUGAUGAUUGGCACGAACGCGCAGCCCGAUGCCUUAGCUUAUCAUUCCGAAAGGGGUGGACCAACAGAAUAGCCGAGACUAAAGAGUUGAAGCUCAUCCCGUUGAUCGAUGGAUCUUGGGUUGAUUCGAGACAUGACGUAUAUUUCGCGGUGACGUCAAACUGUCUGAAAAUUCCUACGGAUCUUGGACUCAGCCUCGUUCACCCCGAUGCAGCAAAAUUGGCCGAUCGAAAACAGUUAUUCCGGAACCUUGGCGUGAAGUACGCCUCCGUUGAGGAUAUCCGCACCCGUAUCUUUCAGAGAUAUAAGCCCGGGAUCGAAAUCAGUAUCGAUACUUCACGCUCUCACCUCGAGUUUCUGUAUCGGACGUGCGAUAGCAAAUCCUUUUUAUUUUUUCCUGGGAUGUUUUUGUAUAACACGCUCGGGGUGUGUCUUCCGACAGAGGGUAACGUAUUCUACUUGGUAGACAAUGCUCGGUACGGCCUCUGGGAAUUGCAUCUUAAAGUCGAUGAGAACAAACGCCCUCGCUGGCCUGGGAUUCAUUUUCUAUCCGAGAAGUAUUUCGAAAACCCACCGAAUGAAGAACGUUUACCUUGGAAAGCUUGGCUGCAUUUGUACCUAGGGGUCCGCAAAGUCCCACGACUCGUGGUCCCGCACACUGCAGAGCUCUCGGAGGAAUGCCUGUUCGUCGCGGAGCACCUGUCUUCCGAGCUUCUAGGAUUCCUCAGAUAUAGUUGGAGUCAUCGGGAUUUUUCCGUGACACCUGAGCAUAUGGAUAUGUUGAAAGCUCUGGAGGUUCCUUGCCUAGGCGGCCAACUCGAGAUCCUCUCCAAGACAUAUCUCCCCUCGACCGCAAUAUUCAAACGACAUAACGAGUUCAUGCGACUCGGAGAAUUCUUCCCAAUUCUCGAUAUCCGCGACGACUUCGACACAUUAUCGCAAGAUGAUUUCUUGCGCGAGAUUGGGGUGAAAGAUAUUAGUCCCGAUCUAGACUUCUAUCUUGAUGUUCUUUACUAUAUCAAGCUGAGCCAUCCAGAGCCGUCCGACCUCGUCGACUCUUCGCGUAUCCUGCGCUUAUAUCUACGCAUCCUAGCGGAGUGUUUAGAUCCCAGCGAUGAACAUACGCGAGAAGAGAGAAAAACUAGAGUAAUAAAAUUCUUCGAGGAGGAAGAGCUCAUUUUCGUGCCGUCCUGGGGGGAUAGAACCCCUGAAUGGGCUUCACCAGAUGAUUGUCUUCUUGAUGGCCCGAUUGGUAUGAGAUUUAGGCAUUCGAUCUUCCCGUUAUACCAUGAAUGCUUUGUGAAGUCAGGCCUCGACUUUCAAAACUUGAAGAAAUUCCUGAGUAGUAUUUUGGCCAUCAGACGGACCGAGUUGGGAAACAUUAUGAGUGAGCUUGGGCUUCUCAAAGCAUUCGACCCCGAGCAAUCAGAAGUCUUGGAGCUGUACAAGUAUCUCGACAAAAUGCGCUGUUCGGAUGAAGCCUGGAAGUCUAUCAAUAGUGAGGGUGUAUUUGAAAAUGAGGCUCUGAUUUUUGCGGACAGUGGCCUUCAAAAGUGGUAUAAGCUGUCUCAAUGUCUAUGGUCUGCUCCGGCCUCGAUCCGAGGCAAAAUAAAUUUGAGCACCGUGUACGACGAUGGUAUGAAGGGCUUUUUUGUUAACAAGCUUGGUGUACGCAUGCUGGACGCCAAUAUCGUCUACAACGAAUUGAUGGGGUUGGAACCAGACGAAGCCGCGGUCGAGCGUGUCAAAGAUCUCCUUUGGACCCUCAACUCACAGCUUGAGUUCGGGCCUCCAGAAGGUUCGGCCGAUAUCUUGUUACAACAUCAUAUCUUGCCAAUCCGACAUGUCGGCGGUAGUGUAAGCCUAGAUUCAUCGAGGGCGGAGUUCGCCAUUGUCGACCGAAAGACACUUGACGACAUCUUCGGUCGGAGACUAAAGGUUCUGGAUUUCACCGCUAAUGAAAUUCACAAACUGGAAAACUUCCUGAAGUGGGCUGGCCUCGAGAGUCGUUAUCUGUCGCGAUUAGUCAAAGAGUCAUCGGUGCUGGAUUCGAGCGACAAGCUACCAAUCUCAGACCCCACGCAAGACAUUUGUAAGAGGGCUUAUGGGCUUCUCCGCAUCGCAGUUCAUUUCAAUAGUUCUCUCGUUAAAGGAGACGGCCAAGAGCUUUACGAUUUGCUUCGAAAUCUACGAACCUGGGAGACACAGCGAAUAUCCACAACACUAAGCGUCUCGCUUGGUGGACAAACCGUAAUCGAGGAGAUCGACAAAGGCGAGGUCCAUAUUGACGACAGUGACGGCCUAGAAAUAUAUGUACCGCAUGACGAGACGCGACGAGAGGAUGCCUAUAUUUCCAGUCUCCCGAAUCGUCUGGCGAAAUGGAUGGAGAUUGGCCCUGAAACACGCACACAUGCGGCGUCGCUCAUCCAUGGCGUCUUACUCGUCAAGGUGUCACAGGUUAACCGGUACCUCAAUGGUCAUGGUAUUAUCGAAGUUACCGUUCCCGAACAAGUAGAACAGAAUGGUGUCACUGGAGUUUAUCAGUCCACUUUCACCCUUCCUUCUACUCCAGCAUCUGCGAAGAUAUCUACUUCUCGAAGAGAAGUCUCACCUUUAUCAGAGCCAAGAACGCCCCUUUCCGACGGCGAAGAAACCUGCUUUGGACAAACACCUCCGUCCGCCGAUCUUUAUACUCCUAGCCUGGGCCCGGGCAGAACUCGCUCUCCACUCGUACGAAAGAACUCACCGCCUGAUCCGUAUAUUACGCAGCUAUUUACGAGAGAAACACCCAAGUCCCAAGAGUACCGCGCGCUUUUGUUACAAGUAGCAUCGAUCGCGAGGAGAAGCCGACUUCUAGACGGGACAAUGAAUCUUUCCGGACUCCUGGAUGGACUCGUUGAGGAUCCUACCGUUGGAGGUAGAUCCUUCAAUAAGUAUGAUCUAUUCGGCGAUGAGCCCCAAUUCGAAUGUAAUAAGAAAGUCGGCGCCGCAGGAGAACUAUUCGUAUUUGAGCUUCUUUCAUCCAUGAACCCGUCUCUUGGGGGAUUCGGCCGAGCGAAUUGGACGAGCACUAUCCGAAAGUAUGCGACGGCUCAUCCGGAGUACGCGGAUAUGGAUAGCUGGAGGGGGAUCGAAACCUCCGACCUUCAGUAUCAAGACGAUGACGGCACACUAACCAACGCUCUCAUAAGCAGGGGGUAUCUACAGAGAAAGUGGAAGAAUACUCGGCCGCGAUUUUACAUCGAAGUGAAGACGACGGCAGGACCUUGGGAUACCCCUUUCUAUAUGAGCAAUGCCCAAUGGACUAAGCUGAAGGAUCUAUCUAGGGAUGGCUCUGUGUGUGUCAUAUUCCGCGUCUACAACCUAUAUAGUAGUCGGAUUGGCCUAAGCAUCUACGCCGACCCGGCCCGGCUUGCCGAGGAAGGACGUCUAGUGUUCACAGCCGAUAGGUGGACAGUCAAACCCACCACCACAUGAUCGUCAACAUCAAUACGAGCGAGACCUCAUCUUCCCAAUGUAUUGUCAUUGCAAUGUACCCAGUCCUCGCGCGAGAUCAAAGUGGAGUAGGACGGGGAUCUAUUUAGCCGCGAUCGAAUACGCGCGAAUUCGAUCGAGUUAGCUGUGAUAGUAUGACGCUCUCAAAGCUGUAUUAUUAUAUACCCAUUCGUUACAUUCCCGCAAUUCA